UAAUAUAAAAUAAUUAUGAUAUUUUUAAUACUUAGGUUGCCUUUGUUGGUUGUCAAGGUGACAGAGAAAGAUUACUUAAAGGAACCCGGAUCUGUUGUUACCCAGGAUAAGGUUAGUCUGGUGUGUUGUAUGCUGGGAGAGGACGACGAUGUACUGUCUGACCUUCUGCAGAAUAUAAACAAUGUACUGAACACUUAUUCAACAAACAUCCCAACCAUACUGAUUGGAACUUUGAAUGUUUUUCACAGGGAUUGGAUUUAUGAACUUGGAUCUCCAACAACAGUACAUGGACAGGCCUUCAGGGAUAUUGUGACCCGGUACGGCCUUGUUCCUAAGAGCAGGGAAGCAACCUGGUUCCAAACUGUAGGAGAUCAAACUAUUAAAGAAUGCGUGGAUUUUGUAGUUUGCAGCAGACCUCUUCGAUGUGAAGUUAAACUUCUGGAUUUGAAAGGAGAGUCUGAGCAUACCCCUGUUCUUGUAUCUGUUGAGAAAACCUACUGUACCUUGUGCAAGUAUGGAUUCAACUAUUCUGAGGAGCUUGAGUCCCAUCACUCAAGUCCCCUGCACAAGAUGAGUAAACUGUAUUACAUGUACAGCAAACAGAAGCAGAACUUUAUGAAGAAUCCAAACCCUCUUGAUCUAGAGUGGGAACUAAGGGACUGUGUGCCUGGAAUAUCUUUGUCUCCUAAUCAACCUUCUGUUAUUGAGGUUCAUGUAGAUGAGUUCACAAAGAAGAAGUUUCAUCUCUCUCUGAAGAAUAUUCGUAACCGAAACCUUAUACAGCCAGGAGAAGAAGAAAAAGGUAUAGUGUUGGACAGUGUAGCCCUCCUCCGAGAGAACCCGAAUGUAAAGCUGUCGGAUGAGAACGGAGUAACCAAGGAGCUGGAGGAUGGAAGGAGACGGGUCAGAUUACUCCCCUCCAGAUCUUACAAGAUUGAGGUAGAUUGUGGAGGUGGGGAGAUAGGUCAGCAUAGGUUGGUUCUCCUUAUUUCAUUCUACUACGAGAAUAGAUCUACACCAGUUCCGGGAGGACUGGGUACUUAUCUUCUGUCCCAUAUGGCGGUAGAAAUAGAUCUUAGGAUUCAAAACAAACAGAUCAAGGAAUUUGGACCUACUGCUCCUUAUGAAAGGAGACCCCACAUUCUGAACUGGGUUGUGGACGAGACUUUAUGGGGACCGAAGGUGGAGUAUGGAGGUGUUGACCGUUUAGUUAGAAAAGUUAGUCUUGGAGAAUACAAGAUACCAGCCAUCAGGAAGAAGAUUAUUGACAGCAACUUUGAGGGAGGAGAUACUGAUGCUGUGCGGAGGGAAGCAGUUCACUGCCAAGAGCUCCUCAAGGAGACCCUAUCAGACAGCUGCUACAAGAAGAAGAUGCAGCUCCUGCUGCAAUGUGAAGAGCUGCAGCAGGAGCAUGAUAUCCGACAUUAUGAUAUGAAAGAUGUUGUGAUUCAGCUGGACAGAUCCUUGCUUGUUGUUCUGAAGGUUCCUGGACUCAGUGAAAACCGCCCAAGUGUUCUGAAAGGGGACCAAGUGUUUUUGAAACCUAAAGGGAGUAGAAAACAGUAUGUAGGGAAUGUGUGUCAUGUGGGAGAAAAUGAGGUUAAGCUGUUGGUUAGCUCUGGACUUGUCAACGGAAUGAAAGUUGAUGUCAGGUUUUCUUUGAACCGGUUCUGUCUGAGAACAAUGCACAGAGCUGUGGAGAUAGCUGCUAAGGAUGGAUUGCUCAGCUCCCUGUUUCCUACAGACAUCAAGGAGGUUCAAGUCCCUUCUACCAGUAUUACGCCGUACAACAGGAAUAUAGAAACUAACCUACCACAGCUGCAAGCUGUUAAAAGUAUAGUUGCUGGUACUGCAGGACAUCUUCCAUACAUUAUCUAUGGUCCUCCCGGCACAGGUAAGACUGUGACUAUUGUUGAAGCGAUGAAGCAGGUUCUAAAGCUGUCUCCAGGUUGUAAGAUUCUAGCUGCAGCGCCCAGUAAUGCAGCAGCUGAUCUCUUGGCUGAGAGACUGAAGGAGCAUAUUCCUAGAUCAAAGAUAAGGCGCGUGCAUGCUCUUUCCAGGAAUAUGUUAACCAUCAAUGAGAAUAUCAAGGAUAUCUCCAAUAUUGUGAAUGGUCAGAUAAUUACACCAAACAUGGAUGGUCUCAUGGAGUAUGACAUAUUGGUUCUUACCCUCUGUAACAGUGGAAGAAUGGUCAGCGCUAAGUUUCCCGAAGACCAUUUUACUCAUGUCUUCAUUGAUGAAUGCGGACAUUCUACUGAACCUGAAGCAGUGAUUGCUCUCGCUGGUAUUCUCUCUCAGAAGACCUUGGCGACCAAAAAAGGCAGAAUAGUUCUAGCUGGAGAUCCUAAACAGUUGGGGCCAAUUCUUAGGUCUGCGCAUGCCAAGAAGUAUGGUUUGGAUGUAUCCCUGUUGGAGAGAAUGAUGGAAAACCCUGUUUACAUGCCAGGGGCUGAUUUACAGUACAAUUCCAGGUUUAUAACAAAGCUGGUUAAGAACUUCCGAUCCCACCCAGCUAUCCUGGAUCUACCCUCCAGGUUGUUCUACUCCAAUGAGCUGGUCCCUGCUGCUGACCCUGUGCUGGUUAACUCCCUGGUUGAGUUCCCUGGGAUCCCGACCAGGGCCAGGGGGAAGUUCCCGCUCAUCUUCCACGGCGUGGUCGGACAGGAUCAGAGGGAGGAGAGAAGUCCAUCAUUCUUCAACCCGGAGGAGAUCGUCAGAGUUCUUGCGUACUUGAAACAGCUGUUUGAUAUGAAGAAAAACAAGGUCAAGGGGAAGGAGAUUGGAAUAAUUGCCCCUUACAGGAGACAGGUGGAGAAAAUCAGACAGGGCUUGAAGAAAUUAAAGGGAGAGUACGCAGAUAUCAGUGUGGGAUCUACUGAGGAGUUUCAGGGACAAGAACGACGGGUGAUAAUAAUCUCGUGUGUAAGAUCCCAACCUGAAUAUGUCAGGAUGGAUCAAGAAUAUCAGCUUGGGUUUAUCAGGAAUAAGAAGAGAUUUAACGUCGCGAUAACUCGGGCUAAAGCCUUGAUGAUCGUUAUUGGCAAUCCGCAUGUUCUGGGACAGGAUGUACACUGGAAUUCUCUGUUGGAGUAUGUACAGAGGAACGGAGGUUACACUGGUUGUCCGUACACUGCCAAUAAUGAUAUAGACAUGGACCGUCUGGAGCAGAAUCUGCAACGGUUGAACCUUCUUCUAGAGGACAGUGCAGAGUUGAGUCCUACAACCCUGUAUGAAGAACCGAUGUGGAGGCAUGGCGAGUAAGCAAGAAAGUUCAUAUUCAAGAAGAAAAAUACAAAUUUAUAAAAUCAUAGUUCAUGUACUUCAUAAAUUAUGUACUACUUUCUUCCAGAACAUUCGAUUGACAGCUGGUACUACCUUCUUCCAGAACAUUCGAUUGACUGCUCAUGAACUCUCUGACAGUAUAUCGGAUGCAUACUUCACGAACUUCAUGUACGCUAUAUUUACUGCACAGUACAGAACUUAUUGUACAGUAUGCUUGAUGUAGUUCAUUAACUUGCUGCACAGAAUUACUGACGGGCACUGGGCAGCCUUGUCUGCAUAAAAUUUUCAUGCACACUGCACAUUUGCGCAAUGCCGAAAUUUUUUCCUAAUUUUAUGCAUUAUCUUCUCAUUUUAUUUGCUUUACGCAAUAAACGAUGGAAACUUGUA